AUGGCCCGUACUAAAAAGGGCGUGUUCUCGUGGGAGGAUGUCCUGGCCCAACGAUACCAGAGUGAGUUGACUUCCCCCGAGCGAUCUACAACCUCCUCUCUUUACCAAUCCAACAUUGAAAAUACCCUCAAAACGACUAACAACCCCAAACUUCCAACAGACAACAAACCGCCUCCCCUCCCCCGUCCCCGCCACAAUGCAAAUUCCCCUCAUCCCCCACACUCCCAACCCCAAAGCGCCCUCCUCACCCGCCUCUCCCCCGAACUCCGCCUAAUAAUCUGGGAAAUGGCCCUAGGCGGCCAACGCCUACACAUCAUCCAACGCAGCAACCAACGUCUCGGCCACAUCAUUUGUCCCCUCGGCCUUGGCUUUAGUCCUGGGCCGGACUCCGGGUCUCGGCCAAGGCUAGACUACUCGAAUAAGAUCGGCCGGGGCGUGGGCCCCGCGUUUUGCGAGAUCUGUCAUGGUGCGGGGAUCGCGCAGCCUGUUAAGGAGGGCGAUUCGGGGGCGAGUGGAGGCGCUGGACGUGGACGGGAUGGGCUGCUUGGGUUGGUCUUGACGUGUCGGCAAAUAUUCACCGAGUCCAUCCAUCUCCUAUAUGCCACCAAUGCCUUUGAAUUCAGUAUCCCCUGGUCACUGCCAUACCUACAACCGACGGUCCCACCAGAGUACUGGGAGUGUAUCCGAGCCGUGGAGUUACGCUGGUCAUUUCCAGGCCAUUGGUUACCGACGAAAGAUCCUGUGCGCUCGAUAUAUGUCUCCGCCGGCCGGGUACAGUGGAUGGAAACGUGUCGUGCUGUGAAACAAUUACCGGAGCUGAGGUCGUUCGUGCUCGUGCUGGGGAGUAGCUGGUUCAGCGAACCGGUGGAAAGAUUGCCGGUGUUCUUGGAGCCAUUGUCUGGGUUGAGGGUUGUUCAGGACAGAAAAAGUCAAAGGCAGAAUAAGAUGCUGCGAGCGAAGAUGGAGGUGGAGGUGGACUUGAUGGAGUGGAAGAGGGGGAGUCGGAGUAGUAGUCUGGGCGAGGAGAUGAGCUCGAGUGAAUCGAGGGUGAGUUUCGAGUCGAGGUCCAGUUCUUCUCAUUUGACGCGGAGCUCGGCGUCAAGUCUCCGGUCUGAGGGGUCUGCUUGUUCCUGUUUUGAUUCCGGAUUGAUGGGCCCAGUGAGUCUGAGCAAGGGUGAUUCCGAUUGUGAUGGUGAUGCUGCUUUGGCAACGUGGGAGCUUCGACUGCAGGGCCAGUCGUAUUAUGCUCAUGAAGUGAGACAGAUUGCGGUGGAUCUUUGGCAGAGGGGGAUUGAUUGUUGGGUCUCGACGAUAUGA